CCGGAGCAGAGCUCCGCCGGGCGUGGCGGCGCCCGGGCCUCCUCCCUGCGCAGUGGGUGCCUGCGAGCGGGAAGGAAGGAAAGAAGGAAAAAAGGGAGCAGCGGCUCCGAACCAACAUAAACCAGAUUUUUACUGCGGGGCAACCGUGGCCAGAAGGUGGAAGAACGCGGUUGUGUGUUGGAUGUCUGCCUCGCCCUCCAGCUCAUCUCUCUGAACAUCGAAAAUUAAUCGUAGCGGAGAGAAAAACUGGUGUGGACGAGGUGCCUCCCCCACGGCCCAUUUCUGGGGUGCAGCCAGGGAAUCGUAGGACGCGUACUUUGAACAAGCUUCCUGGGUUAUUCUGUGAGGGAAAGGAUGAGAGCGACUAUUGGAUUGAGGCUGAGCGUUAUUCUAAAAAUGGAGAGGAAAGCCCUGAGUGUUUCGAGGAUGGCGCGGAGCGGGCGCGCUUUGCCUCCCUGCGGCAGGAAGGGUUUCCAGGCGUUGAGCACCUCCCUCUGGAAGUUUCUGGAGCCUACGGCCCAGGAUUGCUGAAGUAGACUAGGAGUGCUGAUCUUUUAUGGUUUUCCAGUCUGACACCACUUUACAGAGAUAGUGCACGCUGGAUUUUAUCUUAGCAAACGUCCUUUGUCUUCCGAUAAAAUUAAUAGUUUUACAACUUAGAGGAUUGGUCGUUUGUCAUCAGAUUGUCUGUAGAAAAUUGUAUAUACACUCUAAUAGUUCAAAUAUGACAACGGGUUCAAUAAACCAUGACAAAAAUAUA